UACAAGACUUUGUUAGAAUUGUAAACAACUGCAAGCACCUGAAGACAUUGUCUCUACAGGAAAUAGAUCUAGUUGAAGUGGGCAAAGAUUUGCUGACGGUGAUAUUGACAUCAGAGAAUUCUUGUGUGAACAAUCUUGACCUUAGGUUCUGCAGUAUUCAAGGAGACGAUAUUGUUACGGCUGCCGAAACCGCUUUAGAGACCCGCUGCCGUACUCGUAAACUUCAUAUUCUUGAUAUGAGCAUGAACAAAAUAAACAGAUUGCAGCAGACGACAAUCAAAAGACUUUAUAAAUCAUUGACAGAUAUUUUGAUUGUUGAUAUACCAGAUAGGCCGCAGAUGGAGUUUGUUGCACAAAUGUGAAAUAUGUCUAAAAUAAAAAUAAAAUAUACUGUAAAAAUAUAAAUUGUUCUAUUAAAAUUA